AUGCAAUGGUUCGGCAAAGGCAAAGACAGAUCGAAAGGAGUCGGCGAGUCACCUGCUGCGGAUGUAUUGAAGCCAAGGAUUGCCGUUGCCCAUUUUAUGCUGGGCAACACAUAUCCUUUUACCGAGUCGGAUUGGCUAGACACUUUCAACCUCGCUGAGGAUACCUCCCUAGACGCAUUGGCGUUGAAUAUAGGUCCGGAGGAAUGGCAACUCACUCAAGCUUCAACAGCUUAUCGUCUCCUCUCAACCUCGUCUCACAAACUGAAACUAUUCCUGUCAUUGGAUUUGAUGGUAUUACCUAAAGAUCCCGAAUUGCUCAUUACCAAAGUCUUAAAGAUCGUAGGAGCAGGAAGAAGUGCUCAGUUCAAAUGGGAUGGAAGAACUGUUCUGAGUACGUUUGGCGGACAUGACUUAGGUGAUCAAGGGUGGAAAGAGGUGAUACAUGGCGUUCAGAAAAGUUUGGGGGAUAAUCUAUUUUUCAUACCUUCAUUCUUCUUACCUCCUGAAGAGAUUCUCAAGAAAGAUUAUGUAGACGGCGCUUUCCAUUGGAAUAGUGCUUGGCCAAUGAACAAUCACACAAUCAACCUGGAUUCUGAUAAACCGUUUCUUGAUCAUAAGAAACCUUAUAUGGCAGCUGUAUCACCUUUGUUCUUUACACAUUAUGGUAAAGAAGGGGAAUGGGCUUGGAACAAGAACUGGAUAUAUCGAUCCGAUGACCUAUUGUUGCCCACCCGAUUCCUCCAAAUCCUUUCUCUCCCUCCUGAUCAAUCACCAAAUUUCAUCCAAGUGAUCUCAUGGAACGAUUUUGGCGAAUCACAUUAUAUCGGACCUAUCACAGGUGCUCAGCCUGGCUCCGAAUCAUGGACUGCAGAUAUGCCUCAUGAUGGAUUCAGAUGGAUGACUAAAUAUUUCAUCGAUCAAUGGAAACAUCAAGCGCACAACGUCGAACAUGGAAAGCCAACUAAAGGGAAAGAAGAAGGGAAAGACCAAGGGAAAGGGAGAUUGGUAGUUUGGUAUAGAACUCAAUCUAAGGAUAUGAAUAUAGCAGAAGAUAAUGUUGGUAAACCUGAUCAUUCAGAAUGGGCUCAGGAUCUACUGAAUUUCUUGAUAGUCUUACCUGAUAACAUCUAUUCAAAGAAGGAUGAGUUCACGCUUCACGUACAAAAUGGAAAUGGAAAAUCUCACGAGCCGAUAUCACUAAAACUCGGUUCAACCAAUCUCAUUCCAGUACCAUUCCAAUUAGGUAAUGUAGAUUUCCAAGUGAUGAAAAAUGAACGGGAAGUCAUCAUUCAAGGAAAAGGGAAAGAGAUAAACGCAGGUGGAAGAUGGAAUUAUAAUAUGUGGACGGGAGUGUUUGAUGCUAUCUAG